AUGAUUAUUGGCGAUUCAUCUUCGAAGGCUUUAAAGAAAUAUCUUAGUAGUAUCUUGGAGCCAAUAUGCGAUGCAGAUCCUUCCGUCUUAGCUGAUUAUGUUAUUGCACUUUUACAGCACGACAAAUCAAACCAAGAUUUAAGGCAAUGUUGUAUAGAUCAACUCGACGAUUUUCUUAAAGAAGAAACCGAACCUUUCGUUGAGAAAUUGUUUGAGUACUUGAUUACAAAAGAAUAUUUAAGUGAAACAGGCACAGCAUCAGAAAUUCAAACUAAGCAGGAACCAUCUACGAAUAUAAAUUCACUUUCAGCUCCUAGUUCACCUAUAGAAAAUAAAUCAAUUGUACCCAAAGAUCACCCUAACGAAAAAAACGAAAAUGCGAUCUCUAAGAUAGGGGUUCGAAAACGAGAUGAGAGUGAAGGAUCUGACGAUGAUGAAGAUCGUAAUUAUAAGCAUCGUGAAAGAAGUAGCGAUAAUAAUCGAGAAGAAUACCGACGUUAUAACGAUCGCCCCACUUUAUCGAAUCGGGAAGAUGAGAGGGAUUCGAAAAAUAAACGAUUUCGCAGUGAGGGUAUUCCCACCGGACCUGCUGCGGGGGCAGCUCAAUACAAUAACAAUUAUCAGGAUGAUCGGACUUUUAAAAGACGUCGUGAUGAAAAUGACGAUGAUUUUCGUUCCAAUAAAAUGGCUCGCAACAACAUAUUAGGAUCUGGACAAAAUUUGUCUUCAACAGGCAAUGGUUACAUUCCCGGAAAUGGUCCGAAUCGUUGGGGAAAUGAAUGGGUUUCUAACGGAAUGAAUGCACCGUCCAAUGAUCGGUUUGAUGAUCGGAGAAUGCGAGGUGGGAGAAUGAAUGAACGUGGUAGCGGACGAGGAUCCAUGAUUGGAGGUUUUUCAGAAUCUAGGCCUGGAAGGCGUCAGCGAUGUCGUGAUUAUGAUGAAAAAGGAUAUUGUAUGCGAGGAGACCUUUGUCCUUUUGAUCACGGCGUGGAUAGGAUUGUGGUGGAUGAUGUACCAUUGAAUCGCCCAUUUGAAUCUAUAAUUCCCAUGGCUGCUACACCUUUAGCUGGGCCAGUGGGAAUGAUGGGCGGAGGAGUUACCGCUAGACCACCUUUUUUUAUGGGUAAUACCGGGGUACGCAAUCAAUAUGAAAUGGAUCCAGGUUUUUCCCAACCACCUAGAGCAAUGACACCCACAACAGAUGCUUAUGAUCCAGAGAGGGCAACAUUAUCCAGACCUGAAGAAUUAGUCUCACCAACUCUGAUAGAACAAAAAGAAGGAGAAAUUCAAGGAACAUCUGAAACCAAUACAGCGGAGAUAGCUGCUUCUUCCUUAACAACUUCGCCAACCAUCCCCCAUUUUCUUGAUUCAAGCGUUUCUCAACCUACACGCGGAGCAUCAUUUAGGGGGCGUGGUCGUGCUCGCGGUGCUCGAGCGGGAUUUAAUUCUAAUAAUAGAUUUAGCGCUAAUACGAAUAAAAAUGCAACUUUAGUCGUUGAGAAUAUACCUAUCGAAGUUUGUAAUUUGGACAAAGUAAACGAAUUUUUUAAAAAAUUUGGUACCAUCGUCAAUAUUAAUGUCGAUAUUACCCAUCAUAAAGCUAUUAUCCAGUUCCAUAGUCAAUCAGAUGCAUAUAAAGCUUAUAAUUCACCUGAACCAAUUUUUGAUAAUCGGUUUGUCAAAGUUUAUUGGUAUAAAGAGAAAGAAGAGCCACAAAGUUCUAAUUCUUCAGCAAUUAAACCGACAGUCACUCUCCUGAAACCUGAAAAUCCUGUAAGUGCACCUCCAGAAAUUCUUACACAACCCUCGCCAGAAAAGAUUAAAGAAGCGGAAGAAAAAGCUAAAAAACAGAAAGAAAGUCUGACGGCAUUACUCGAAAUUCAAAAACAAAGAGAGCAAUUGAUUAACCGACAAAUUGAAGAGCAGAAGAAAUUGAUGGAACUUGCUAAGAAAUCUAAGAAUCGCGAAGAAGUUCUUAAAGUCCUUAGCAAAGUUAGUGAAGAAAUUAAAAAUGACACAAACGUAGUUGCUCGUAAACCUAUUUUGACUGGAGGGAUUCAUUCCAAAAAUUUAUUGGAAGAAAAAGAACGAGAACAGUUGGACAGGGAGCUUGACAUAUUGAGCAAAAUUAAUGAGACAAAAUCGGGAAAUUCUGAGUCAAACACCUCGAUUACUGGUCUAAAUACUACUGGUGAAACUUCUUUGUUUCGUGGUCGAGGGCGUGCUAUAUAUUAUCGCGGUAGAGCUCGCGCUGUUUGGCCUAGAGCUCGCGGAGGGGGAGUUAUGCGUUCUUUCAAAUUGGACAAUCGUUCUACCAAAUUACAUUUGAAAAAUAUUCCAGUCGAUUCUAGUGAUACUCUUCAGUCAUAUUUUCAGCAAUUUGGCGAAGUGGAAUCCCUCACGGUUGCUGAUGAAACGAAGUCAGCAAUUGUUCAAUUUAAAACUAGAUAUGAAGCCGAGCAGGCUCUUGGGAAAGGUUCUAAUAUUCCAGAUAUUGGAGCAGUACAAAUGACAUGGCACACCGAAACAAAUUCAGCAAAUUCAGCUCUUCCUUCAGAAGACACUCUUAACCCAGUCACAGAUCCCACAAAUCCUACGAAUCCCACUAAUUUCACAAAUCCCACAGAUCCCACAAAUCCCACAAAUCCCUCGGAUGAUACAGUUUCUGUAACUUCUGAAUCUCGACCUGCUGUAACUACUGAUUCACAUGUGAAUGCCACUACUAAUUUCAAAUCGGAUGAUGAAGAUGAUGAACGUGAACGUUCGUGGAAACUAAAUAUUAGAAUAGUUUUAGUACGACUUCGGAAAUUAUGGGGUAGUUUUAUAAACAGUUGUACCAUAUUGGAUUAUUUUAAAGGAAAAUUUAAGCUGGGUUCCCAAGUGUCGACAAACGGAGGUGCGUUUCAGUCCACAGAAAGGAGGGCUAGUGACAGUCAAGCAUACAAACCUCCGUCUGGGUAUGAACGAUCUGGUUCAAGGUCUGGUGGGAAGAGAGCAGAUGCACUUUCUUACUCAAGUUAUUAUAACUUGAAUAAUAACUCAACUUCAAGUUUUACCAAAAAGAAAAAAAUAUUUGGUGAAAAAAUUAUUGAAAUCGGAAAACCAACUGAAUUUGAACAUGGGAUUCAUGUAGAAUUUAAUAACGAAAGUGGCAAAUUUUUGGGUUUACCAGAUGUUUGGGUAAAUACCGUUCCAAGCGAUGGUGUAGUAAAUACAAAAUAUUUAAAUCCUAAUCUUGUUCCUAGUCCUGGUUAUUCUGAUCCAGAUACUACAAAAUUAGCAGGUGAUUGCAUUGGUCAACCAUAUAAUUUUAAACAUGAAAUUCAUGUUGUUGUAAAUGAUAAUGGUUUAGAGGGUCUUCCUUCCGGCUGGAAAGAGAUUUUAGAAUCCAAUGGUAUAACUGAAGAUGAUGUGCAAAAAAACCCUGAAGCCAUCUAUAAACUUAUGCAAUUACACUCAGAUGGGCAUCAACGUCGUAAAUCGAUACAAAUUCAAUCCUGUAUGUCGAAUCAUAAUCGAUCUGCAUCAUUAGGAUCUUACGCUUCGAAUGAAGAUGUCACUCGUGUAGGGUUAAUGCCAAAUAUUUUUCCUGUACGGAAUUCAUCAUCUAUUGUUACAAAAAACAAAAAAAUAUCGAGUCCUUCUUCUAUAAAUGAACAAUUUUCGGAUUCAGUUGACAUUUCUACUUUACCCAAAUCUUCAUACAUAGUUCCACAUAAAUCUGACAAAAAGUCAAAUAAUUCUUCAUCUCAAAACAUAAAUAUCAAACAUCAUAAAGAUAACUUUGAUUCUUCAUCUUCAUUAGGAAAUUCUGAGAUACCAUCUUUUUCAAAUAGAGAUAGUGCAUCCAGUCAACUAAGAAAAGGGAUAAAAGCAAUAAUACCUCCAAUACCGCUCAGGGAAUCAAUAAAUUCAUUUCCGAAGGAACGACACAUGUCACCUAUAUCUAUAAUUUCAUCAUCUCCACCUUCAUACGAAAAAACUACUUCGCCUACACCCCGAGAUUCAACAAAUUCAAUAACACGUGAACAUCAUUCUCUCAAAUCAACUGGUGAUCGUUUCACUUCACAAUCUUCACAACCACAUUCAAGGGAUUCGUACGGUCAAAUUAAAAAUAUCCCUAGAGAGCGAUCCACGUCACCAAUACCACCAUCAAGAGAUCAUUCCAGGGGGCCUGUGGGAUCUACUUCUCCAACUCAAGUAUCAUCUCAGUCUAGUAAAGUCAAUAUUAAUAAUCAAAGAUUAGAAUCUUAUUUCAAAAACACAGAUAAUAAUUCAUUAGAAUUUAGAAAUAAUUGUCAAAACAUAUCUAAUUCAAACAGAAAAAAUUCGGAUACAGCACUUUUAUUACCCAAAGAAAAUUUUAAUGGUGUACGUAACAGAGCUUCCAGUAUCAGUGAAAUGCCAAUAAGUCCAACAAAUCAAAAGGAAAGUUCACAAACAAUUUCCUUAAAUCAAAUUAAUAAUAUAUCUCACAUAACUGGAGAAAAUUAUAAUAAACCUGAUAAUAAUGAAAUAUAUCAAUACCAAGACAAUUUUCAUCCUUCUAUUUCCGCUAAUGGAAAUCAUAUUUUUCCUAAUUCUAAUUCUGGUACAAAAGUCGAUGUUUCAAUUGAAUCCACAAAUUCUUUUCCUAAUAAACAAAUAUUUCACGGCGAGUUAACUUCAGUAAAAGAUAAUCAAAGACAUUCUGUUAAUGGUUUCAGCAAUAGACUCAAAAAAAGUAUAAAUGAUCAACACAAUUCUUUGCCUGCUAGUCUUCAUUCAAUAAAGAACAAUUUAUCUACAACAUCAGAAGCAAAAAUAUCACGAUUUUCGGAAGCGUCACAAGUUUUUUAUUUACAUGAAUCAAAUAUACAUGAAUCAUCUAAACAGAUUGAACAAUCGGACGUUGUAAAUACUUCUGUAGAUCCCGAUUCGUUACCACAAGAAAUUCGUCAUUUAGCUGAAGGAGAGUCCGGUAACAUGUAUUCUGCAAAUCAAAAUAAUUCUCAAGAAAUGGUCGCUAUAAAGAUAAUUCCUUUUACAAGUGAAAAAUUGAAAAUUAUAAGAAAUGAAUUGAAUUUGAUGAAAAUGAGUCAACACCCUAAUAUAGUGAAAUAUAUAGGGUGUUAUCAUACUUCAGAUUCUAUAUGGGUUGUUAUGGAGUAUAUGGAAGUAUCACUUGCAGAUCUUAUAGCAAUGUAUGAAGAUGAAUUACAAAUAAACGAAUUACAAAUCGCACUGGUUGCUCGAGAAACUUUAAAAGCUCUUAUAUAUCUCAGUAGUCUUCAAAGAAUACAUAGAGACGUUCGUAGCGAUAAUAUUUUAUUAAACGCUUGGGGUGAUAUUAAAAUUGCCGAUUUUGGUCAUUCUGUACAAUUGACUGAAAAAGAACCUCGUCGAAACUCGGUAAUUGGUACACCUUAUUGGAUGGCACCAGAAGUCAUAAAAAGCUUACCAUAUGAUGAUAAGGUGGAUGUUUGGAGUCUUGGUGUGUUAUUGAUGGAAAUGGCGGAAGGCAAUCCACCUUAUAUGGAUGAACAUCCUCCUUUGAAGGCAAUUACUUUGAUUGCUCAAAGUGGUGUACCUGGUUUAAAGAAUCCCGAAUGUUGGUCGGAUACAUUUAAAGAUUUUCUUUCACUUUGUACAGAAAUGGACUCCAAGAAACGAAAAUCGGCAGCGGAAAUGUUUGAGCAUCCGUUCUUAAAAAAUGUAUCACCAAUGAGUGAUUUUAAACAAAUGUUGGAAGAAUUUCGCCUGCAGGAAGAAGGUGAGGAAACAAAUGAGGAAACAAAUGAAGAAACGGAUGAAGAAACAUAUGAAGACACAAAUGAAGUUGUUGAAGAAGAUUCACAAGAAUAUCAAACAAUGAAUAGCAAACAAGUUAAUAAUCAAGAAUGCGAAAUGUCAAAUUUUGGAGAUUCAUUCAACCACACAGAAGAAGUUGAUGAAGUCGAUGAUGCAGAUUAUUAUGUUAAUAGCAUCACCAAUUAUUUACAAAACUCUAAUAUUUAA